AUGGCAAGCCACCAGCCGCAGCAAGCAUUGCCGGUGAUCAACAUUUCCCUGCUCGGCGACAAGGACCCCGCCGCACGGGCACUCGUCGUCCAGGAUAUUGCGCGGGCGUGCCUCGAUCGUGGCUGCUUCCAGGUGAUAAACCACGGCGUUAGCAAGAUCGUCAUGGACGGUGCCCUCGAAGCCGCCUCCGAGUUCUUCGACAUGUCUACGGGGUACAAGGAGGUGCACGCGUCCGAUGACAUCCGAAGCCCGGUCCGGUACGACACGACCUCGAAGGACGGGAUCAGCAAGUCCAGGUCCUUCCUCAAGCACUACGCCAAUCCCCUGGACGACUGGAUAAACUUGUGGCCAAUGCAACCUGCAACAUACAGGGAGAAAAUGGGAACGUACUCCGCGGAAAUACAGAGUCUGUCAAUGCAGCUCAUGGGAGCCAUUGUGCAGGGCCUGGGACUAGGACCAACGUACCUGCACGACAAACUUGGAGAAGGAUUACAGUUCGUGGCCCUCAACAACUACCCACAGGGAUCAUCGCUGGCAGGCGACACGGUCGGGCUGGCGCCUCACUCCGACUACGGCUUCAUCACCAUCCUGCUGCAGAGCUCCCCGGGGCUCGAGGUGAUGCACCACGACGACCAUGCCUGGACGCCGGUCCCGGCCAUCCCGGGGGCUCUCCAUGUCCAUCUCGGUGACCACCUGGAGGUGCUGAGCAAUGGCCGGCUCAGGUCACUUAUGCACCGGGCAAUCCUUAAUACUGAUGAAGCUAGGAUUUCUAUUGCCAGCAUCCAUGGUGUAGCAAUGGAUGAAAACGUCGAAUGCGCCGAGGAGCUCGUCGAUGAGGGCCACCCCAAGAUGUACAGGGAGAGCAGCUUCCGUGACUUCCUCGACUUCCUGCCCACAAACGUCAAAACGUACCGGAGGUUCGUCCAGACCCUCAAGAUCGACACAGCUGCUUAA